AUGACCCUCAACCUCCCGCCGCUUGGCGGCAACAGCGGAGGCGCCCAUACACAGGCUUCUCUCCCUUCGCUCCCCGCCCAUUCCCAGUCCGAUACCCAAUUGACGGCACACCUCGCCAGCCGCUUCCAUGUCUCGAUUCCAACCUCCCGCCUCUCGUCCCACGCGCUCAUUUGCAUCAACACAUAUACCAGCUCAAACAAGGGCGAUGGCUCCAGAGACUCGUCUGCCGCGUCCGCGGCCGAGGACCUGGCCGAGCGGGCCUUCCUUCGGUUGGGGCAUCGGCAAGAAAACCAAGCUAUUCUCUUUCUUGGUGAAUCCGGCUCGGGGAAAACUACCGUUCGAGCCCAUCUCCUGACCUCGUUGCUGAACCGCUCAUCCACUCCGCUGUCGGCCAAGGUAUCCCUCGCUGCCUACGUCUUUGACACACUCACCACCACCAAGACGGCCACAACACCGACGGCUUCCAAGGCCGGUCUCUUUUACGAGCUGCAGUACGACACGGCGUCGACCACAAAUCCCAUCCUCUUGGGCGCGAAGCUACUGGACCAUCGUUUGGAGAGAAGCAGGAUAACCGAUGUCCCCACGGGUGAACGUAAUUUUCACGUGCUGUACUAUCUUUUGGCCGGUACGAGCGCUGCUGAGAAGACGCACCUUGGAUUUGAUGGACCCGGCGGCUCGCAAAAGCGGUGGAAGUACCUGGGUCACCCGACCCAGCUAAAGGUCGGAAUCAACGAUGCCGAGGGAUUCCAGCUUUUUAAGACGGCCUUGCGGAAACUCGAGUUUCCCCGCAGCGAGAUUGCCGAAAUUUGCCAGAUCCUGGCCAGCAUCUUGCACUUGGGUCAACUCGAGUUUGAGACCACAUCCAACACUUUGGCAACCGCCGAUGACAGCGGUGGCUUCUCGCACGAGGGUGCCCAGACGACGACCACGGUGAAGAACAAGGAUGUGCUUGGCAUCAUUGCCGCCUUUCUGGGGGUCGGUGCCGCCGAGCUCCAGACUACUCUGGGUUACAAGACCAAGAUGAUCCACAAGGAGAGGGUGACGGUCUUGCUCGACCCCGCCGGCGCUCGGGGAAAUGCAAACGAGCUCGCGCGGACGCUGUACUCACUACUUGUUGCCUACGUUAUUGAGAACAUCAACCAGCGCUUGUGUGCUUCCGAGGACUCCAUCGCCAACACCGUCUCCAUCAUCGACUUUCCUGGCUUCCAGCAACAAAGCUCAACAGGUUCGGCGCUCGACCAGCUCCUGACAAAUGCCGCCAACGAGUCGCUGUACAAUCUGACGCUGCAAAACUUCUUCGACCGGAAGGCGGACAUGCUCGAGACCGAAGAGGUUACUGUCCCCCCGACAAGCUACUUUGACAACUCGGAUGCCGUCAAGGGUCUGCUCAAGCCAGGCAACGGUCUUCUCAGCAUCCUGGACGAUCAGUCCCGCCGUCACCGCACCGAUAUGCAGCUCCUCGAGAGUCUGCGGAAGCGCUUCGAGGGCAAGAAUCCGGCUAUCGUAGUCGGUGCGUCCACAGCCAAGCUACCCGGCAGCAACUUCUACACCGAGAACACGUCCGCCACAUUCACUGUGAAGCACUUCGCCGGUGAGGUCGACUAUCCCGUCAGAGGCUUGAUCGACGAGAACGGCGAGGUCAUCUCUGGCGAUCUCAUGAACCUGAUCAACUCAAGCAAGAGCGCUUUUGUUACCCGUCUUUUUGGCCAGGAGGUGCUCCAGACGGUCGUUCACCCGCAGGAGCGGACAACUGUCAUGCAGGCGUCGGUCAGCUCCCGGCCAAUGCGCGCGCCGAGUAUAAUGUCCCGGCGCGGGCGGCCGUCGACGACUCUCAAAGCCCGCCAGCGGGCUGCCGAGAGAUCUCGCUCGGUUGGCCAGGGCAGCGACGCCGGCGAGAACCAGACGGGCAGCUCAAAAGCAUCCGAACAAGGCGCGUCAGGCCAGUUCCUCUCGGCGCUCGAAAACGUGACACGCUCCGUCACGGAACCGGGAACAAACUGCUACUUUGUCUUCUGCCUCAAGCCCAACGAUCGGCGCAUCGCGAACCAGUUCGACAGCAAGUGCGUGCGCGCCCAGGUGCAGACCUUUGGCAUCGCCGAGAUCAGCCAGCGUCUGCGGUCCGCCGAUUUCAGCUUGUUCUUGCCGUUUGGCGAGUUCCUGGGCCUGGCCGACUCGGAAACCAUGCUCGUGGGCAGCGAACGCGAGAAGGUGGAGUCGGUGGUCGAAGACAAGCGGUGGCCUGGCAACGAAGUCGCUAUUGGCGCCACGGGCGUCUUCCUCAGCGAGCGCUGUUGGAUGGAGAUCGCACAGCUCGGCGAGAGCCAUUCGCAAUCCGGCAGGUACGGGCUGCCGUCAGAUGCAGGCGACAGCAUGGUCAAUCCCGCAGAUCCGUUCCUCGCGUCCAAGGAGCGCCUGGCCCUGACCGCCGGAACCACUCCCAGCAGUUUCAUGGGCGAAAAGAAGGCCGGCUACUUUGGGAGUAACGAUGUCGAUGCGCGUUCCGAGGCCGGCACGGCGUUCGGAGGCGGCGACCUGUUUAAGAACCUGGACACACGCGAGCAGAUGGCCGAGCGUGGAAAUGAGAAGGACAUGGAGGAGGUGGAGGAGUACAAGGACAGCCCCAGCCGCAAGCGCUGGGUUUUCGUCACGCACAUGCUGACCUUCUUCAUCCCCGACGUCUUGAUCCGGUGGCUGGGCCGCAUGGAGCGCAAGGAUGUGCGGAUGGCAUGGCGUGAGAAGCUCGCCAUAAACAUAAUCAUCUGGUUGAGUUGUCUGGUGGCGGCCUUCUUCAUCGUCGUCUUCCCAAUGUUGAUCUGCCCGCGUCAGUACGUCUACAGCCCGGAGGAAUUAUCAUACUACGACGGGAAGGACGGUCACCCGGCCUACGCCGCCAUCCGCGGCCAGAUUUUCGACAUCGGUGCCUUCGCACCCCGCCACUAUCCUUCAUACUUGCCGACGAAGAUGCUGACGCAGUAUGCCGGCAUGGACAUCACUUCGCUGUUUCCCGUCCAGGUGUCGGCACUCUGUCAAGGCCAGUACGGCACCAUCGACCCCGCGGUUCUCCUCGACUACAAGAACACCAACAUUACCGGGUCGGCGGCGGUCAUCAGCAGUCAAGACCUAAAUUCCAAGUACCAUGACUUCCGCCACUUCACCAAUGACAGCCGGCCGGAUUGGUUCUCGCAGCGCAUGAAGAUGCUCAGGUCCAACUACAAGGUUGGCAACGUUGGCUACUCGGCCCAGUACGUGCAGACGCUCAGCUCAAAGUCCCAAACCAUCGCCAUCCUCAACAGCCGUGUCUACGACAUGACGACGUAUGUCACGGGCGGGCGACGGCAGAAAAACCCCCCUGGUGACCCAGAGCCCUCGGACCCGGAUGCAGUCAACUUCAUGCACCCGCUCGUGGUUGAUCUCUUCAAGCAGAAGUCGGGCGAAGAUAUUACGUCGCUCUGGCAGUCGCUCGGAAUCGACAAGAGCCAGAAGAAGGCGAUGCAGCUGUGCCUCGACAAUCUCUUUUAUGUUGCCGACGUGGACACGCGUGGUUCAGCCAAGUGCAAAUUCGCCGAGUACCUGGUCCUGGCUGUAUCCAUCCUUCUUGCUGCCAUCAUUGCCUUCAAGUUCAUGGCGGCUCUCCAGUUCGGUACCAAGAACAUGCCCGAGAAUUUGGACAAGUUCAUCAUGUGCCAGAUCCCCGCCUACACCGAAGACGAGGAGUCGAUCCGGCGUGCCGUCGACUCGGCCGCACGCAUGCGCUAUGAUGACAAGCGCAAGCUCCUGGUUAUCGUCUGCGACGGUAUGAUCAUUGGCCAGGGUAACGAUCGCCCGACCCCUCGCAUCGUGCUCGAUAUUCUCGGCGUGUCCGAGGCGGUCGAUCCGGAACCCCUGAGCUUUGAGUCGCUUGGCGAGGGCCAAAAGCAGCACAACAUGGGCAAGGUGUACUCGGGUCUGUACGAGGUGCAGGGCCACAUCGUGCCCUUCCUCGUUAUCGUCAAAGUCGGCAAGCCAUCCGAGGUGUCUCGUCCGGGUAACCGUGGCAAGCGUGACUCGCAGAUGAUUCUGAUGCGCUUCCUCAACCGCGUGCAUUACAACCUGCCCAUGAGCCCGCUCGAGCUCGAGAUGUACCACCAGAUCCGCAACGUCAUUGGCGUGAACCCGACCUUUUACGAAUACCUGUUUCAGAUUGAUGCCGACACGGUGGUCGCCCCCGAUUCGGCCACGCGCAUGGUGUCGGCCUUCCUCGACGAUACUCGCGUCAUCGCCGUGUGCGGUGAGACGGCCCUAACCAACGCAAAGUCGUCCUUCGUCACCAUGAUCCAGGUGUACGAGUAUUGGAUCUCGCACAACCUGUCCAAGGCGUUCGAGUCGCUGUUCGGUUCCGUGACCUGCUUGCCUGGCUGUUUCUCCAUGUAUCGCAUCCGCGCUGCCGAGACGGGCAAGCCGCUCUUCGUCAGCAAGGAGAUUAUCGAGGCGUACUCGACCAUCCGCGUCGACACGCUGCACAUGAAGAACCUGCUCCACCUGGGUGAGGACCGCUACCUCACGACGCUGCUGCUCAAAUACCACAACAAGUACAAGACCAAGUACAUCUUUGCCGCGCACGCGUGGACCAUCGCUCCGGACUCAUGGAAGGUGUUCCUCUCGCAGCGCCGCCGCUGGAUCAACUCGACGGUGCACAAUCUGAUGGAACUCAUCCCCAUGAACCAGCUCUGCGGCUUCUGCUGCUUCAGCAUGCGCUUCAUCGUCUUUGUGGAUCUGCUGUCAACCAUCGUCCAGCCCGUCACCAUGGCGUACAUUGUGUACCUAAUCGUGAUGGUGGCUCAGCGGGCGACCGUUGUCCCUCUCACGGCCUUCGUGCUCCUCGCCGCCAUCUAUGGUCUGCAGGCCAUCAUCUUCAUCCUACGGCGCAAGUGGGAGAUGAUUGGUUGGAUGCUGCUCUAUGUCCUGGCGGUGCCCGUCUUCAGCUUUGCGCUGCCGCUGUACUCGUUCUGGCAUAUGGACGACUUCAACUGGGGCAACACGCGCGUCGUGGCGGGCGAGAAGGGCAAGAAGAUUGUCAUUUCGGACGAGGGCAAGUUCGACCCGGCCAGCAUACCGCGCAAGAAGUGGGAGGAAUACCAGGCCGAGCUGUGGGACGCCCAAACCCAGGCCGGCGGUGUCGUCGGCGGUGGUGGUUUUGGAGGGAUGCAUGAUGACGCCCGCUCCGAGAUCUCGGGCUACUCGUACGCCACCCGCCACAACGCUGCCAUGUCCGAGUACGGCGGAUACACGCCGAGCCGGCCGGGGUCGACCGUGGGCGGAUACAUCCCGCCCAUGCCCACGGCGCCCAGCCGGCUGUCGUUGGCGGCGUCUGAAAUGCUGGGCGGUAACAACAACCGGCAAAGCCAGUUUGGGGGGUCGCAAUUCGGGCUGGGGCCGUCGGCGUCGCAGGGCGAGCUGGAGAUGUCGAAUCUGGCGGGCAUGCCGAGUGAGGAUGCGCUGCUGGCCGAGAUAAGGGAUAUCCUGCGCACGGCGGACUUGAUGAAGGUUACCAAAAAGGGGGUGAAACUGGAGUUGGAGAGGCGAUUCGGCGUGCCGUUGGAUCCGAAGAGGGCUUAUAUCAAUAGCGCAACGGAAGCGAUUCUGUCUGGGCAGCUGUAG